GAAUCUGGCUGCGACGCAAAUCGUGAAAUACUACAGAGGAUACAGAGUUGAGGAAGUCAAUCUACCACUGUCUGUACUACAAGAAGAUACUAAGUUCGAGGAUCGCGAGCUUCUUCAACAAGUAGAGACGAUGACGCAAGCAGUUGAAGAUGAGGCACAAGAACAUGCGUGGGUGGACUUUGCAGUUGCUACAG